CGAACGACACUGCCAUUGAUUCGCGCUUCGCGAGAGGCGGACUGUUUUCGAGGGAUAUUCCCUGACGCGCCGAGCCUACAGCGGAAGGUCGUGAAGAGCUACGCGUAUGAAAAUUGACAGUUAAAUAAGCGAAUAACGAGAUCCCAUCGACAAGAUGGGAUUGAUUAAAGUUAUUAGUCAGUUGACGAAAUGCAUUACAACGUAAAAUGAAGGAGAUUAAAUGGAUUUAAUGUCGAUUGGAUCACUCACGAGUCAUGAGCGUUUGUUUCCAACUCCGCUACGCACAACAAGUCACAGUUGAAGGGAUCCACCGCGUCCAAGGUCCUUUUGCCAUUUCUCGCGAUCGGCUGUUUUUUUUUCCUUUUUAUUUUCUGUCCUCGCAGGUUUUCCAAUUGUCAGAAACGAAUUGCAACGUGGGGGCGUCCCGGACGCCCGUUAGAACGCCCGAGGUCUCGGGCGAUCGUAACAGACUUGUCGCCGGUGAAUUCCAAACUCGAGGAAUCUCGAAGGAGGCAGAAUCAUCGCCCCUUCUCUCCCUGCUGUGAUUUCCGCGCGAUAGCGAAUUAAUGGAGGAACCAAUUUGCCUGUUGUUGCACAGAGCUCGGCUUCAACCGGCGGUACGGAGGGGUCUAGUCCUGCCUCCAGCCCUGCCUCGGCCGCGAGUCUCACGAUGGCUGCGCCGAAAUACGGUACGCUGGUUCCGAACCGUAUUUUCGUCGGCGGCAUCUCGGCCAGCACCAGCGAAGCGGAGCUGGCGCAAGUUUUCUCGGCCUACGGCAAUGUCAAGGCCACGAAAAUUAUAGCGGACCGCGCCGGCGUGUCGAAGGGCUACGGCUUCGUCACCUUCGAGACGGAGGAGGAGGCCAAGCGGCUUCAGCAAGAGACUGAGUGCAUCGUCUUGAGAGAGAGGAAGCUGAACAUAGCGCCCGCGAUCAAGAAGCAGCCCUUCUCCAGAUCCUUUGAGGGUAGUACCGGUUCGCCUCCUUCCGUGCCUACAAGUACUUACUACUACACGAACGGUAUAGGUCUCACUUAUCAGAAUGGUAUGACAUUCUAUAACACGGCAGCUGCCGCACCAGCGACUUCUAUCGCUCCGCCGACGGAUCCAGGAACGAUUUAUCAAGCCACAGGAGUGUUUGGGCCUCAAGCCGCCACCGGACAUCAAACGUUCGCUCCUAUGAUGUAUCCAUGUCCGGCACCAUCGCUGUAUAUGCCACAGCAAUACCAGUAUUCUCCUAUGCCGUACGAACCGUAUUACGCAGGAGCGGCCGCCGGGGCGCCUCAGUACUUGUACGCUACCACCGGCGGUUCGCCGAGCAACUCGAAUGGUGGUGGAGGUGGCAACAGUUCCGGCAGCAGCGGCAAUAACGGUACAGGAGCUACCAGCCCGCCGACGGGCCCACCGCCACCUCUCCCACCACCGCAUCCGACGCACUUCUACGCUCCUGCCGCGCCGGCUCCGCAUCAUCAUCCACCUGUACCAACGGGCCCUCCUCCCCAGGCGCAGGUGGACCAUCUCUACUAUCCUUUUGCAGCCGGCCCGCAUCCCGCGCCGCCGCCGCACGCGCCCAUGGGACUGACCGAGCAGCAGCAGCUGUUGCUGUACGCCACGGACGCCACUUCGUGCCAGCAAACUUCCGCGUCUGACGGCCAGGCUGUUCCGCAAGAGGAUUCACGUCCGACGCCAAGCCACUCGGAGCAGCCGCACAGCGACGUGCAACAGGCCGCUUCAGGCUCACCGGCAACAUCUCUGCUGCCCCUAAUGCCCGUCAAAUUCCCCAUGUCCGGUCGUUACCACGCAAAUUAUCAUCCGAUCGCGAUACACACGCCGCACGGCGCGCAAAACGACAGCGAGGACUGCGCGGCCAGUCCGAUGCACUGUCGCAUCCUCUAUCACCCGACCGUGUACAUUCCGCACGCACACCCGCCGCCGCCGCCGUACACACAUCACAACGCGUCCGGCACCGCUAGUCUCCUGCCGACGCCGUUCUCGGCCUCGCCGCAUCAGUCCGGCUACGACAACGGCAACGCGAAGACGUACGGCCACAAUUCCAGGGACUGCAACAAGUACACGGGCGGUCAGGGUAACGGUUUGCGCGGCCAGGGGGGUCAGAAUCACGGCUACCCGCUGGCGCAUCACAGCGCGCACGCCAAGUCGCAGAACACAUACGGCGGCUCGCAGUCACACAACAGCAAGUGCGGCGGAAACGCGACGGCGGCGGACGGGUCGCACAAGUAUCCGACGAUAGCGGUGUCGUCGCGAUUGCCGGUGCAGUACAAUAGGAGAGCGGCUGGAUCGAACGUGGGCUCGUCGGCGAUCCUCAGGUCCGGCGGCGGUUACUCGAGUCAGGCUGCGCACAAGGUCAAUCACAAUGCGGCGUCCAACUAUUCGUACGCGACGAACGGGCGCGCGAGGCACUACGGCGACGAUCAGUAUUACGAGAUGAACAAACCGUCGAUGGCCGGUGGUUACGGCUCGGGUCGUAAGAACUGCCUCUCGAGUAACAAUAAUAACAACAACUAUAGAGGAAGCGCUGCGCGGUUGGACGUGCACGGCAACGACAGCAACGGUCGGCCUAACAACGACACGGCUCAGGCGGACAGCGUCGUCGUCGUCACGAGCGCAUCGACGACGCUGUCCUCUCGCCUGUCCCCAUCCGAGCGGAUAAACGCGGACACGUCCAGCACCCAGGAGAAGUCGGCGAGCCCACCGCCAGCCCCGUACUCACCCAUGACACGGCCUCUUCCAAAUUUCUCCCCGCCCACUCCCCAGGUCCAGUUUUACGCUCCGGCCCAGAACCGUUAUCAGCCAUCCUCCGCGCCUCUGUCCCAAACGCAACAGCAGCAGCAGCAGCAGCAACAGCAGCAGCAGCAGCAGCAGCCCACCGGCAAUCAACGCAGCCGGUUCUCCGUCGGCCAGGCAUUAGCGUCCGCCAACCGGAAGCCGUCCGACAAGUAUUCAAACACCACCGGCUCGCAGACGACGAUGCUGCGGCAGUCCAAGUAUAAGGUGAACGGUAUAAUGCAGACCGCGGCCACGACGGUGACGAGCAAGCUCGCCGACGACGCUCUGGGAGGCGCCGGCGAUGGUCCCGGCAGGCUACCGAUCACGCCACCCGGUACGCCGCGGGCGGCCGGCCAUCCGGCGGCCGGCGAUCAGAAUCAGUUGAGCGACACGUGCCAUCAGAUGCAGGCGCUGACUCUGUAGACUCUUCCUACUCUCCUUUCUUCGUUCUCUUUGCCCUCUUUGUUGUCUUCUUGAUAAGAGUAAAUAUUUAUCCUGUAAGAGUCGAGAGGAGACCACGCGCGACCUAAGACGACGGCUGCAAACUGUGAAAAAUAAAACAGUGCGGAAAUCAA